AUGGUCGGCGGCGGCGGCGAGGCUUCGGCGGCGGGAGGUGGGAAGGUGGCGUGCGCGGCGUGGAUCCGGCGCCGGGAGGAGAAGGCGGCGGCGGCGGCGGCGCGGGUGUUCGCGGCGUACGGCCGGGCAGCGGGGGCGGCCGGCUCCCCGGCCGCGCUCGAGGUGCUCGGCUUCGACGCCAAGGAGUGCUCCCUCUCCCCCGAGCCCCUGGCGAGGGCCGUGCUCGGGGAGGGCGGCGCGGGCGACGCGCCGCGCGGCAUCGCGGUGCACCCCGCCGGCGACGAGGUCGUCUGCGCCACCGCCACGGGCUGCAGGUUAUUCAAACUGAUAUUUGAAGAGUUCACAGUACGCAUUAUUCCAAGAGAUGCUCCUCCACUAGAAUCUGUUGGACCACAAAAGUGUCUUGCUUUCAGCACAGAUGGUGCCAAAUUUGCCAUUGGUGGAGAGGAUGGGCAUCUCAGAAUAUUCCAUUGGCCAAGCAUGAAUGUGCUUUUGGAUGAACCCAAAGCUCAUAAAUCCUUCCGAGACAUGGAUAUCAGCUUAGACUCAGAGUUCUUAGUUUCAACAUCCACUGAUGGAUCUGCAAGAAUAUGGAAGAUAGAUGAGGGCGCACCACUGGUCAAUUUGACUCGAUCCUCGGAUGAGAAGAUUGAGUGUUGCCGCUUUUCUAGGGAUGGCAUGAAACCGUUCCUAUUUUGCACUGUUGCAAAAGGUUCCAAAGUUGUUACUGUUGUCUGGAACAUAAGCGAUUGGGAGAGAAUUGGGUACAAAAGACUUCUGGGAAAGCCUAUCUCCACACUUUCAGUUAGCUUGGAUGGGAAGUAUCUGGCAUUAGGAAGCAAUGAUGGUGACUUCUGUGCUGUUGAUGUAAAGAAAAUGGAAGUUUCUCACUGGAGCAAGAAAGUUCAUCUUGGUUCCUCAGUCACCUCCAUCGAGUUUUGUCCUACUGAAAGGGUUGUAAUCUCCACAUCACAUCAAUGGGGAGCAGAGCUGACGAAACUGAACGUGCCUGCUGACUGGAAAGAAUGGCAAGUCUGGCUCGUACUCCUGGCGCUCUUCCUAGCGUCCGCCAUCCUGUUCUACGUGUUCUACGAGCGCUCGGACACAUUCUGGAACUUCCCCAUGGGGCGACACCAGCCGGCGAAGCCAUUUAACGUGCUCAAGGAGUCUCCUCCGGUCCCCGAGGACCAGAAUCCAUGGUGA